UUUCUGAUGUGAAAUUUGGUAGGAAACAUAAACAUCUGGUCCUCCCUUUGGUAAUCUUUUCCCAUCUGUUGCCAUCCAAAUGAAUUGGGCUUCAGCUUCUCUCUUUCCCAGCUUUUCAAUUCUCAUAAUUUUCAACCAAGAUGCCCAUGUUGAAGGCCAAAACUUUUGGAGGGCACCAUGUUGGGGAAAGCUAUUUGUUGAGGAUAGCUGUGGAAAUAUCACAAUUGUCCUACUCCAGAUAGUAAUGCAUAUCUACUCAGAAAGACCCAUGAAAAUUUGACUGGGACAUUCUUCGAAGAAAACAUAAGACUGAAGCUUUAAGCUGCAGUUCUAAAUUAUACUAGGAUGUAUGUCUGGAGAAAGUACACAAAGGUCUGGUUUCCAUUUGGAGGAAACUGAAAGGCAAUAUGUGUUUUCUUCUAUUUAGAUGGUUACUGCUUUCCGAAUAAACUAUCCAAAGCAGAAAUUGGAAAUCUUAUCAAAAUGUUUUCUGGCUCAUCUUCUUCAUCUGCCGCAGCAAAAGCCACUUCAUCUGAUGCAUUUGAUAUCCACAGUAUCUGCCACCUACUAACUAGAAGAUCACAGGGAUUUUAUACAAAAGAUGUUGGAACUGUUUAUAGGAAAAACAUGAGUCUCUUGAGGAAGCUGAUAUGCCAGGAAACAACAACAUUCAAGAAUGUUUGGACUAUACAGUCUUCAUCUCCAAUUUAUUAUCAUAGUGGAAAAAUUUAUCUUGACAAUUACCGGCGCUGUGUGAGCUGCAUUACACCAGAGCCAAGAAUAAUUUAUCAAGUGCCAGGAUGGCCUACCUCAGAAAAAAUAGAGGAUGCUUUAUUAUUGGAAAGCCCAGUGGGGGAAGUGCUGCCCAGGCCUUCAGACUACAAGCCUUCCUGGGCAGCUCUGACCGCUCACAACUGGCUUCUCCGUCUGUCUGCGAAUUCAGGAGAAAUACUUGAAAAGGUGUAUCUUGCUUCCCACUGCAAAUUCAGGUACCUAAGUUGGGACAUGCCUCAAGAGGUCAUGGCAAUAAAGUCAACUCAGCAAAAGCUCCCAGCAGCUGCACGACAGACAGGCAUCCAGCAGUCUGUACUGUUCUUUCUUGCUGUAUUCCGAGUUUUGCCACUUUCAUUUAUGGGCAUGCUGGAGCUUGACAAAAAAAUCUUUGGAAAUAGCAUGGCAGAUGUUUCGGUAUCUCAUAGAAUGCUGAUUGUAACACACAGCACAGGUCAUGUCAGAUUAUACAGCUUCCAGGCAAUCUCUGAACGGUUCAUGGAACACCAGGUGGAUUUGGGACAGGAAUACAGCUGGAAUGGCAGAGUUGGAAUUGUGGGAAAAUAUCCUUUUGGCAUUCCGUGUAACAUUAAAAUAACAGUUAUCUUCACAGACACUCCAGAUCUUCUUUUUGAAGUCUCAUCCCUCGAGAGUGCAUUUCAGAUUGGAGGAUAUCCUUGGCAUUAUAUUAUUACACCUAACAAGAAAAGUCAAGAAGGAAUCUUCCAUGUUUGUUCUUUAAAAGACCACACUUUGGCAAAGAAUGGCAUUCAGGAUAUGAAAUGUUGCUCACUGGAACCUGACAGGAUAUCUUUCCACCCCGACAGUUCUGGAAGGAUGCUACAUGUGGGUCCAAAUGUAAUUAAAGUUCUGAAGUUGAAGGAAACUGAAAAUUCCAAGCAGCAAGAAGUUACUGAAGAUUUUAUCAUAGAAGCCAACAGGGAAAAUAAUGUGAACAACUGUGUAACAGUAACUGCGUCUGGCCGAAUAGUGAAGAAGCGUUUUAAAUUAUUGGAUGAUGAUCCUGAGCAAGAGGAAUCCUGGAAAGAGAUGCAAAGAAUCAACCUGGCUGUUGAUUAUCUGCUUAAAUCUCACAAGGCCUUGCCUGAGACCAAUUCUAUGCUAUUGGAGAGCAUGCAGUUCACAAAAAGAUGCAAAGGAAAUACUCUAGAUCUGAGCUGAGCAGUGUGUCUCUAUAUCAUUAGCAACUAUUUUUGGAAACCAUUUUUCACCUUCUAUCAGGAACUGUAGCUGAGAUGACACAGCCACAAGAAUUCUAAUUCCUCGGCUUCUGGAAACAAUUUCCAGCCUUGUUUCCAUGGAAAUGAAUAUAGUUGGGGGGUGAAAACAUGGCAAGAACUGCUUGUGGCUUUUAAAAUCUGUAGUUCAUUUAUAUUCGAUUACCAAAUUUAAAAAAAGACUGCAGAGAAGUAAGACCCCAAGUUUUACCCAAAGCAUACCUUUUGUUUGGUACAUUUUACAGGUACAUUACAUUUUACAGAGGGAAGUUAUUUAAAAAUACUUUCCUGGGUUUAAUUUGGGGACAUAAAUGCAAAAAUGUCUUCCGUCC